AUGGCCAUCCUGACCACCGCCAUUCUCGCGCUCUUGAUCGCUGCGGCGACAGCUGUCCUGCUCCCUCAGCUUAUAGGUGGCGUACUAGGGCUAGUCCUGCGCGGCGCGGGGUGGUUGAUCCGCCGACGAACACGAUCUCGGCGCGAAUAUGUGAUCGCGCGGGCGCGAUCAGAUGAGGAGGAAUUAUUAAAAUCGCUGCGCGCAAAGGGUGCAAGCUCGGCCGAGGAUGAGGAUUGGGAGAAGGUUGAUAGUACUGCCGGCCCUGGUGGAGUAAAGACACCUAGCAACAGUGACAGCGGUGCUGGUGAUGGGGCAAAGCGGCCAGACGACUGGGAUGGAAUUAUCGGAUUCUUCCAUCCAUUCUGUAAUGCUGGUGGCGGUGGAGAACGAGUUCUCUGGGAAGCAGUGCGCGCAACACAGAAGCGCUGGCCCAAGGCGAUCUGCGCUAUCUAUACCGGCGACCACGAAGUCAACAAGACGACCAUGUUGGAGCGAGUCGAGAAUCGGUUCAACAUCCACCUACAUGCCCCGAGAGUGGUGCUUCUGUACCUAACCACCCGCAAAUACGUCGUCGCCAGCUCUUAUCCACACAUGACGCUGCUGGGCCAGUCGUUGGGAUCGCUGGUUGUCGCAUACGAUGCCUUUACACUACUGGUGCCAGAUGUUUUUAUCGAUACCAUGGGCUAUGCCUUUACUUUGGCACUAUGCAAGUGGCUCUUCCCUACCGUGCCGAUAGGCGCGUACGUGCACUACCCGACUAUUUCCACGGAUAUGCUUGCAUCUCUAGAUGACCGAAGCGGGAUCCAAGGGUUGAAUGCCGGCGCAGGCAAGGGGCUCAAGGGAACCGUCAAGCGACACUACUGGCAGCUGUUCGCCCAAUUGUAUGGCUGGGUCGGUCGCCACGUCGACGUUGUCAUGUGCAAUUCUUCCUGGACUGCAGCCCACAUCCGCAAAUUAUGGGGCACUGGCAAGGAUAAAUCAAGCAAUGAUGCUGCGGACACUACUGGCAAGGGUACACCUUCCUCGCCUGCCGUGGUCUUCCCUCCCACGGCCGUAUCAGAGCUAGAGUCCAGUAUCACCGUGGACGCCGAGAGUGAGAGGUCCCGCCACCCCACGCUGCUCUACAUCGCACAGUUCCGCCCAGAGAAGAACCACCCGCUCGUCCUCCGCUCCUUUGCGCGGUUCCUGCAAGAGCGUGCCCGCAACCCAGCGUAUGCGGACAAACCCCAACCCCGACUGGUACUAAUCGGAUCCGUUCGCCACGCCAGCCCAGACGAAACUCACAUUUACAACCUCCGCCUGCUAGCACACGAGCUACGCAUCCGCGACCACACAACGUUCCUCUGCGACGCAAGCUGGCCCGCCGUCCUGUCCCACCUCGGCACAGCAUCCGUCGGCGUAAACGCCAUGUGGAACGAGCACUUCGGCAUCUGCGUCGUCGAGUACCAAGCCGCAGGGCUAAUCUGCGUGACUCACGACUCCGGCGGUCCCCGCGAGGACAUCGUCGUAGAUCUCGGCGACGGAGCGACUGGAUUCCGCGCUGAGACAGAGGAGCAAUUCGCGGCGGCCUUUGAGGCGGCGCUUGCGCUGCCGGAGUCUGAGAAGGUUGCUAUGCGUUUGCGGGCGAGACGGUCGGCUCAGAGGUUUACUGAGGAAGAGUUCUCGCGGAAGUGGUUGGGGCAAGUGCAGAAGUUGGUUGAGGCUUCGCGGUAG